UUGCAAGGUUUAAACUUGCACUUGCGGCAGCACUGCGGUCAUAAAAGGCAUCGACAAGAAAAACAUUGUAAGAUGGCAAAAGCGAGGGCAAGGCGAAGACGAGCUUUCUCUAAGGGAAACCCAGCUUCAGGGUUACUAGGAUUAUUAAACCAACUGUUGGCCGGCCUGUUACUAAAUAACCGCUGGCUCUAGACUCUGGCACGCCAUGGCACUUUAUUUAGGUCUAUAAGCUGGUUUCUUAACCUCCUUUCUCUUUAGGGACUUAUUCUUGUCGGAGGCCUUGGAUGCAGCCCCUACCUCCAAGAAUACUUAAAGACAAAGUACAUGAGGAAAAGCAUUGACGUCCUACAAACAGAUGGGAUGAGACCUCGAACAGCAAUCUGUCGUGGGGCAGUCUACAAAGGCCUGAUAGAUGGCGCAGAAGCCGCAGCCUCAGGAGGCCAUAACGCAGGACCCGUAAGCAGGAACAGCAGAGCGCCACUUGAGCACAAGAGCCCGGUGACUGUCACUUCAGCUAUUUCAAGACUCAGUCUCGGUGUCGAUUGCAAAACGCCGUUCGAUGAAGACGUCUACAACGAGGCAGAUAAGUACUGGGAUGAAGAAGAAGAAUGCGACUACGUAAAUGGCGUUAUGAACUGGUAUAUUAAAAAGGGCCAAAACGUGUAAAAGCAUGAGCCACUUAGGAAAUCAUCUUACCGAACGUAUGAGACACGAGCUGACUACGAAACUUUCCGCGACGGCGCUUCAGAAGAUAUUCUGCAGUGCGACCUCGAAAGACCUCCUGACAUGCAAAACUCACGAG